UCUCUCUCUCUCUCUCUGCGCCGCGAAGCUUCCAGAACCCUCCCCUCUCCAUGGAUCCCUCCUCUUCCGUGCCUAGGCGGCCUCCGCGAACUUUGCCCCCGCUAGAGCUCGGAUUCGGAAACCCCAGCCGCAGCCACAACCCCUCCGUCGACGACAGGGUGGCCCUGCUCCUCCGCGCCGCGCACGACGGCUACGUCCCCAAAAUCAAGAAGCUGGUGGAGCGGCUGGAGAAGCAUUCGGGGAUGGGCGUGGCGGAGGCGGUAGUGAGUGUCCUCUUCCAGGCCCCGUGGAGCAAAUGCCACGGGCCACUGCAUAUGGCAGCGGCGGCUGGGAAGGUGGAUGCGUGCAAGUACCUGAUCAGGAAACUCAAGCUCGACGUCAGCGCGGCCGGCACCGAUGGUGCGACACCUCUACAUUUCGCGGUACAUAGUAGUGGAUCUUUAGCUGUUGUGAAGCUUCUUCUCGAUCAUAAUGCUGAUCCAAACAGACUAUGCAUUUAUGGGUGUGCUCCUCUCCACAUUGCAGUGAUUCAAGGUUCUCUUUACCCUUGA